AUUCACUCUCUCUCUCUGCCUCUUCGCGCGCACUGAGAUCGCACGGCCCCUGAAGGAACGUAGAUUGGACGGAAGACAGACUCAGAGACUCAAGCCGGGACAGACUCGAAAUCGAGACUCGGAGAUCGUGCCAGAGCCGUGAGCCCGGAUUGCUGCCCCACAAUGCUGCCCCUGCUGAGGCCGCCCCUGCUGAGGCUGCCCUGCCGAGGGCUUACCCGUGCUCCUGCCCGGUCGACCCUUCUCCGUGCACUCCACGCAAGCAGGGGUCUCUGCUCAAAUGGGCCGGCGCAGGGACCCGAGAACGAGGAGGGGGCCGAGGACGCAGGAGUGGGGGGUGUUGCAGGGGCGACCCCCGCUCGCCUCACCUGGAGCUACGUGCACGGCGCCUCGCGCUCCCCCCUGCUGGGCACAUCGCUGGGCGCGCGCCUCGAGCUCGCGGCGCGCGCCCAGCCCCAGCGCGCGCUCCUCAUCUGCGCCGAGCGGCGCACUGAGUUCACCUACAGCCACCUGCUCGAGCGGGCGGACCGCAUGGCCGCGGGCCUGCUGGCUCUGGGCGUGACGCGUGGCGACCGCCUGGGGAUUUGGGGCCCCAACUCGGUCGAGUGGGCGCUCACUGCGCUGGCCGCAGCGCGCGCGGGCAUCGUGCUGGUGAACAUCAACCCGGCGUACCAACCCCAGGAGCUGGAGUUCGCCCUCAAGAAGGUUGGCUGCAAGGGGAUCGUCUCUGCGGUGGAGUUUAAGGGUCGCAACUACCUAGACCUCUUGACUCAGCUCUGCCCUGAGCUGCCCUCCAGCUGCCCUGGAGACCUCCACUCUGCCCGGCUCCCGGAUCUCCGGGUCGUCAUCUCGCUGGGGGAGGGGGAGCCGAGUCCCGGGGCUCUGUCCGUGCGCGAGGUGGAAGGCCGCGCCACCCCGGGCCUGGAGGCGGAGCGCCACGCGAUCCACUCGGCCCUGUCGUGCGACGAUCCCAUCAACAUCCAGUACACCUCGGGAACCACGGGGCAGCCAAAGGGAGCGACGCUCACGCACCACAACAUCCUCAACAACGCCCACCUCCUGGGGGAGCGCAUGGGGUACCAUUGGAGGGACGUGCGUGUGGCGCUGCCCGUGCCACUCUACCAUUGCUUCGGCCUCGUCGCCGGCCUCCUGGGCUGCGUGGCCCACUCAGGGACUCUGGUGCUGCCGUCUGCGGCCUACAGCGCCAGGGCCACGCUUACCGCUAUCCAAACUCACCGCUGCACGGUGUUGUACGGCACGCCCACCAUGUUCGUGGACAUGCUGAACGAUCCCGACUUCCACUCCUUCGACCUCUCCUCCCUGCAGACAGGGAUUGUGGCUGGCUCCCCGUGUCCCCCUGAGCUGUUCCGGCGAGUCGUGGACUCCAUGAAGCUGCCCGACUUCGUGAACGCAUAUGGAACGACAGAGAACAGCCCGGUGACUUUCUGCGGGUUCCCUCGCGAUGACAUCAACACCAAGAUGGACGCCGUGGGCAGAGUGCUGCAGCAUUUGGAGGCCAAGGUGGUGGGGCCCGGCUCGAGCAGCCCGCCGCUGCGCGUGGGCGAGCAGGGGGAGCUUUGCGUGCGGGGACACUGCGUGAUGCGCGGGUACUGGGGGGACAGCGGCAAGACGCAGGAGUGCAUCACGCCCGACGGGUGGUACCACACCGGCGAUGUGGCCGUGAUGGACGAGCUGGGUUACUGCCGCAUCGUGGGACGACUCAAGGACCUCAUCAUUCGCGGAGGGGAGAACGUCUACCCUGCCGAGGUGGAGGCGCUGCUGCACACUCACCCCGCGGUCCUGGAAGCACAGGUGGUGGGCGUGCACGAUGAGCGCAUGGGGGAGGAGGCUUGCGCCUGCCUACGCCUCCAGCCCGGAGUGGCGGCACUCUCCGCUCGCGACCUCCACUCCUUCUGCAACACCAAGAUCGCUCACUUCAAGAUCCCAAAAUACGUUGAGAUCGUGGACUCCUACCCCCUCACGGUGACUGGCAAGAUCCAGAAGUUCAAGCUCAGGGAGCAAAUGGAGAAGAAGCUGGGGCUGAAAUGAGCGCACGCACGCACAUACACGUGGGGAUCUACACACGGACACAUAACCACAUACAUACAGACACAACAACAACAACCGCCAUUCGCCACUAAGUGGCGGUGACGUCACCACGAUGCUUGUGCCAGGCCAAGUGCACCUUGAGGCCACGUGAAGUGUCGAACGCCCGCUGGCAGGAGGUCACGGGGCAGACCCAGGUGCCACGGGUCGACUGACCGAGAUGACCGAGAUGACUGGCUGAUGCACCACCUGUGCCCCUUACUGUGCCAACUUGCUGUGCUUUAGCCACCCGGCGCUCCGCUCGCUGUUGUGAGCGUCGCUCCUCCGCCCUCCGUUGUUGUUGGAGGGCGACUGCCUCCAACUGCCCAGUAGCGUCCUUCACGAGCCUCCUCCACUGAGGCCGAUCUUGACACCGCUGGUACCAAUCAUCGGCAAGUCCACUCAGCUCCACGUCCUCCUGUACCACAUCACUCCAUCUCUUCUCCAGCCCGUGCCGCGCCCGUCUAGCCCCCUCGAUCCGGCCGAACAAAAGCUGUUUAGGCAUGCGGUGGCUGGGCAUGCGGGCUACAUGACCCAGCCAACGCAGCCUUGCCUGCCGGAGGAGCUCACUGAUGGGACUUUGCCCAGAUCUUUCAAGGAUUUGUGAGCUCCUCACACAAUCCAGCCUGGUUAAACCCAGGAUGGAUCGUAGGCAGGCCAGCCUAAAUGUUUCCAACCGGCGAAGAUGCUCCACCAGGGGGGUCCACGUCUCGCAAGCGUAGAGAAGGGAGGGAAUGACCGUGGCCGAGAAGACCUGAAGCUUCGUGCGGAGCGACAGACCAGGUAGCUUCCACACAGCGUUACGCAACCGAUGAAAAGAUAUUGCUGCUCGACUGAUUCGGAGUGAGACCUCUGCUGAUAAACUGGAGCCGGUCAUAAGCACACUGCCCAGGUAUGGGAAACUCUCCACUCUCUCCACAACUGCCCCUUCACCAAUUGGGAGUUGUGGGGGUGGAGUGUCCGAUGGUACAAAAUACCCAGGCAGGUGCUUAGUUUUGGUGGGGCUGAUGGUAAGGCCCCACCUCUUAGUGGCACGCUCCAGUCUCAGCAGCAGCGUCUCCAACUCCUCUUCUGAAUGAGCAGCUAUUACCAAAUCAUCGGCAUACAUAACGUGGUUGACCAAUAGGGAGCCAUCCCUUGAUCGCACCCGGGCAUCGAUCAGCCUCCCAUUAUAUCUGUACCAAAUGGAAAUUCCCCCGGUACAGCUAUUGAAGCCUUCACGAACUACGCGGUCAAAAUAGAUGUUAAAUAAUGUGGGAGCCAGAGGACAUCCCUGUCGCACCCCAAGGUGUACAGGGAAAGGCUCCGACUCACGGCCACGUAGUUCUACCCUGGCCCGCUCACCAUCAUGAAGGUCCUUAAUGAUCGUGAGCAGAGGGUCAGGGACUCCGAAAGCACGAAGAACAACCCAGAGCCCAGUCCUACUGAUGGUAUCAUAGGCCUUGACCAGGUCAAUAAAGCAGAGAUGUAGGUCUUUUUGGAAUUACCUACACCUCUGCUGUAGCAGACGGACAGAAAAUAUUGCAUCUGUGCAGGACCGCCCUUUCCUGAAACCGCAUUGGGGCUCCGCAAGCCCCUCCUCAGCGUGCCUAGCAAGGCGAUGUUGAAUAAUCCUUGCCAGGACCUUUCCAGGCACACUGAGGAGUGAGAUGCCCCUGUAGUUGUUACAGUCGGUACGGUCCCCCUUCUUAAAGAGGGGGACCACCAGGGCAUCCUUCCAGUCCUGCGGAACCUGUCCCGUGGUCCAGACUGUUGUUAUGAUGUCAUAUAGGGCAGUCUGUGCACAAACGCCACCCUCCCUCAGCAUUUCGCUUGGGAGAUCAUCUCUGCCCGGUGCCUUCCCUGGUCUCAGACUCCGGAUCGCCCUCAGUACUUCCUCAACAGCUGGCACCUCAGCCAGCCACUCACAGGGGGUGACCUCUUCCAAUAUUUGAGGCACCGCAGCCUCAGCAGGGUUAUCACCACUUUGUGCCAUGAUGUUUUCCUGGCUGAGAGAAUUUCCCUCCCCCAGGACCUCACAGAAAUGCUCAGCAAAUCUGCAAACCUGUUCCUGGGGGUCAGAGAUUGGAUCACCGUUUUUUCCUCUAAUGAUGGUAAUAGGUGUGGCGCUGCAGGUUACUUUUUUGAUGGAGUUAAAUAGUGAUGUGUGAUCACGGGCCACUGAGGCAGACUCCAUCUCCUCAGCAACCCGCGACCACCACCCAUCCUUACAGCGCCUUACGGCUCUCCGAACUUCCGAGCGAAGGCUGCGGUAAACCUCCUCAUUCUCUGACGUGGGAUGCUGUAGGCGAUGAGAGUGGGCCUGUCGCUUUUUCUCAAUUAACCUGAACACCUCCUCUGUCAGCCAGGGUUUCUGGGGAGGUCUGGACCGCGUACCCAAAGCAGCCAUUGCAGCUGCAUGAGUCACAGUCUUAAACCUCGCCCAUUUACCCUCGACAUCAGGUGGAGUGGGGGACGAUGCCAACCCCAGCUGCAAGCGAUGAUGAAAUUCUCGCUUGCAACUUUCAUCAGCUGAGACCAGGCCACUUUUGGUUGGAAUGGGAUCCUGGGUGUACACCCACCACCGGAGUGGAAGAAAGGCAGGCGCAUCUUACAGAUGACUAGUCGAUGGUCAGAGGGCAGAUCAGCUCCACGGUAGGUCCUGGUGUCAAGGACAUGGGCUCGCAUUCGCUGGUCCGUCACUAUGUAGUCCAGCAGAUGUUCUUGCUUGGACCUGGCAUGUAUCCAUGAUGUUGUGUGGAUGCGCCAAUGCCGGAAGAGCGUGUUGGUAAUUACAAGCCCAUGGGCUGCACAAAAAUCUAGCAGCCUCCUACCGUUAUUAUUGAGCCGAUCUGGCCCAUGCCUUCCAAUGACUCCAGACCAGGUGUCAGCAUCAUGACCAACUCGGGCAUUGAAGUCACCCAACAAGAUGACUCUGUCCCGAGUGGCCACUUUAGCCAGCACCUGUGACAGGAGGUCAUAGAAAGCGUCUGACUCAUCGGCUUUGCUUGCAUCCCUCCACGGAUGUUCGUCUUCGGUGGGGGCAUAAGUAACCACGACCACCACUCCUCGCCUCUGGUUGAUGGGAAGGCGAGCCCAAAGUAUCCUGGGGCUUACAGCUUCCCACACCUCACCGCCACGCUCCCACGCCCCCUUCAUUCUUUUGUUCAGAAGAAGAGCCACACCCUGUUGUUUGGCAGUCUCCUGCCCCGAGUAGAGGACUGUCCACCCCUCAUGGUGGCAGGAGCCAGAACCGGUCCACCGGACCUCCUGAAUGCCACAGAGAUCCAGGCGGUACCGGUCCAGCUCCCGACAGAGGAGUGGCAGCCUCUCCUCCGCAGUGAGCGUUCGAACAUUCCACGUGGCCAUCCGCAAUGGUUUUUUGUUGUUUCUGGAGGAGCCCCAAGGGUGAAAAUUCAAUCUCCUGGCUCCGCCAAAUGGGGUUUGGCCAGGAGACGUCAUAAAAGCCUGACCCCCCGGGGCCUCCGGCACAAGCUUAUUAGUUACCGGUUUAUGUUUAGUUUGUAGUUUACUGGUGGUUAAUUGAAGGUGGAGGGGUUACCAGCCCCUCGCACCCGUCCAGAGCCCCCGUUCAGCCACUGUGGUGAACACAGACGCCAUGAGGGGAGAAGCCAAUGGGCAUUGGCCCUCCCCCCACAGCACUGCCCACGACAGUGUUGCCCGUCUGGCACCGCGAGGAGGUAGGAGGUUGUUUUGCCGGACAGACACACACACUCACACACAGACAUACGGAGCCAUACAGAACCACAUCCAGACUCACGAACACUCAUACACACACUCAAAAAACAAAGACAAAGAUCCCCCGUAUAAUCUGAACAUACUGUUGGGGCAAGUGGUGUUAUCGAGCACCUAUGAAGGCCGGCACGGCACACAAGGGGGUGGUUGGCCAGCACUAAGCUCGGCCGCCUUUUUCUCCCGAGUGGCAAUGUUUUUACACAUCACACUCAAUACUCAAUUGAAGCUGCACAUUCAUGCGUCCGCAAAUGGCAAUACAAAGAUCCCCAUAUCACCUUUAACAGACUGCCGGGGCAGGUGCUGUGAGUCAGUCGUUGCAGUGCCUAUGAAGGCCGGCACUGUGGCAAACGAGGGGGUGGGUGGCCAUCAACCACUACGCCCUACCCGGGCUGCCUUUGUCUCCCCAUGCACCCCCUUGUGGUGGAUUUCGGAAUGCACGGGGGGUUCAUGCAAAAGCUCUCAACUUUGUCCAGACCACCGGCUCCACAGAACUGGACGUGUGGCCAUGGCCAUGUUUGACUCGGGGGAGGGGGGGCCUCUGAAUGUUGGACGAGACAUUGCGAUUCCAUUGACGGAGUGAACGGAAAUUAACCUCGUAAAAGUUCGCAGAAGACUUGACGCGGAGUGAUCGGGAACACCCUCACGGUGACUGUCCAGGUUAUAUUAAGUCGACUGAUGAUUAAGAGAAUUGCAUAAUUAUUGACUUUGAUUGUAAUGACGUGUAAUCAUUGUCAUAACAUUCAUAACGAAUAUAUGAAUUGCAUUAGUAUCGUGAAAUAUACGUGUUAUAAAGGUCGUGGAAGCGACUUCUGGAA